ACGGGAGCGUCGCCGGCGGCACCACAUGUCGGUGUGGGAGCAGCGCACCAGCCAGCUGCGCCGGCACAUGCAGAUGUCCAGCCAGGAGGGCAUCAACAAGGAUGAGCCGCCCCUCAUCAACCCCCAUGCCAGCAUCUUCCGCAGGAAGAAACCAGGGGACGGCGUCACCCUGGAGAAACACGCCGAGGAGCAGGGCAGCAAGGGCGAGCGGCCGCUGGCUGAGGGACCCGAGCAGCCGGCCCCGGGAGCGAACCCUGGCAGUGGUGAGGACAGGAGAAGCCCAUCACCCCGGGCCAGGCGAGACAAGGAGUCGUGGCACCAGAAAUCGUGCCAUGGGAACUGUGAUCCAGGCGAGCAGGAUGGGGCAGGAGGCGGCAUCGAGGAUAGGGCCAGGAUGAGGCAGAGCCAGCGGCGCAGCCGGCAUCGCAGAGCCCGGAUGGAGGGGAAGGAGCCAGCUGGUGCCUUGGGGAGCCGCUCGGCCAGCCAGGAGAUGGGUCUGGAGGAGGCCAGCCCCACAGAGGGGACACAGGAUGGGGACCGGCGUGGAGACAUGGCCUCAGCAGAGGCACUGAUACAGGGGGAACCAGAGGUGACUGGAGACCCUGUCAGGACAAACGGGGUCCCUGACGGUGAUGCGGAGCUGGUUAGGACCACAGAAGAGGGGAGCACCCCUCAAGUGGCACCUGAGCCCCCCCGGGGGAAGACAGGCAGCCUGACAGAGCAGGACUGCAGCAGCCCAGACGCCAGCGAGCAAGCACUGCUGGAGGCCAGCUGCACCGUCAGCCGAAGCGAGCCGGACCUCUCUGCCAUCACCCCCAACACCGAGAAGGCCACGGAGAGCACCACAAUCAUGAUCGAUGUCCACGACUCUGCUGUGGUACAGAUUAGCAACAAGACAGAUGGUGAAGCCAGCCCCUUAAAGGAGGCCGAGACCAAGGAGGAUGAGGAGGAGAUGGAGAAGAAGAAGCGGAAGAAGGAGAAAAGCGAGACGGGCAAAGCGAUGGUGCCGCACAGCUCCAUGUUCAUCUUCAGCACCACCAACCCGGUGCGGAGGGCUUGCCACUACAUUGUGAACCUGCGCUACUUCGAGAUGUGCAUCCUCCUGGUGAUCGCUGCCAGUAGCAUCGCCCUCGCCGCGGAGGAUCCCGUCCUCACCAACUCCGACCGCAACAAAGUCCUGAGGUAUUUCGACUACGUCUUCACUGGCGUCUUCACCUUUGAGAUGGUUAUCAAGAUGAUCGAUCAGGGCUUGAUCCUGCAGGACGGCUCCUACUUCCGAGACCUCUGGAACAUCCUGGAUUUCAUCGUGGUGGUGGGAGCGCUGGUGGCUUUCGCCUUGGCGAAUGCUCUGGGGACCAACAAGGGCCGGGAUAUCAAGACCAUCAAGUCUCUCCGUGUGCUGCGGGUCUUGAGGCCCCUGAAAACCAUCAAGCGACUGCCCAAGCUGAAGGCCGUCUUCGACUGCGUUGUGACUUCCCUCAAGAAUGUCUUCAACAUCCUCAUCGUCUACAAGCUCUUCAUGUUCAUCUUUGCUGUCAUUGCCGUCCAGCUCUUCAAGGGGAAGUUUUUCUACUGCACUGACAGCUCUAAGGACACGGAGAAGGACUGCAUAGGGAACUACGUGGACCAUGAGAAGAACAAGAUGGAGGUGAAGUGCCGGGAAUGGAAACGCCAUGAGUUUCACUAUGACAAUAUCAUCUGGGCUUUGCUCACUCUGUUCACAGUCUCCACCGGCGAGGGUUGGCCCCAGGUGCUGCAGCAUUCGGUGGACGUGACAGAGGAGGACCGUGGGCCCAGCCGCAGCAACCGCAUGGAGAUGUCAAUUUUUUAUGUCGUCUAUUUUGUGGUCUUCCCUUUCUUCUUUGUCAACAUUUUUGUGGCUCUCAUCAUCAUUACCUUCCAAGAGCAAGGAGACAAAAUGAUGGAGGAGUGCAGUCUGGAGAAGAACGAGAGGGCCUGUAUUGAUUUUGCCAUCAGCGCAAAGCCCCUCACACGGUACAUGCCCCAGAACCGGCACACCUUCCAGUACCGGGUCUGGCACUUUGUGGUCUCUCCAUCCUUUGAGUACACCAUCAUGGCCAUGAUAGCAUUGAACACCGUGGUGCUGAUGAUGAAGUACUACUCUGCUCCCUACACCUAUGAGCUGGCCCUGAAGUACCUGAACAUUGCAUUCACCAUGGUGUUCUCCUUGGAGUGUGUCCUCAAGAUCAUUGCUUUCGGCUUCCUGAAUUAUUUCCGGGAUACCUGGAACAUCUUUGACUUCAUCACUGUCAUCGGCAGCAUUACAGAGAUCAUCCUGACAGACACCAAGCUGGUGAACACCAGCAGCUUCAACAUGAGCUUCCUGAAGCUCUUCCGGGCUGCUCGGCUCAUCAAGCUGCUGCGCCAGGGUUACACCAUCCGCAUCCUGCUCUGGACGUUUGUGCAGUCCUUCAAGGCUCUGCCCUACGUCUGCCUCUUGAUUGCCAUGCUUUUCUUCAUCUACGCGAUCAUUGGGAUGCAGGUAUUUGGCAAUAUCAAACUAGAUGAGGAAAGCCACAUUAACAGGCACAACAACUUCCGCAGCUUCCUGGGCUCCCUUAUGCUCCUCUUCAGGAGUGCCACGGGAGAGGCCUGGCAGGAGAUCAUGCUGUCCUGCCUGGAGGGCAAAGGCUGCGAGCCGGACACGACAGCGACGUCCGGACAGAAUGAGAACGAGCGCUGCGGCACUGACCUGGCCUACGUUUACUUUGUCUCCUUCAUCUUCUUCUGCUCUUUCCUGAUGCUCAACCUGUUUGUGGCGGUCAUCAUGGACAAUUUUGAAUACCUGACUCGGGAUUCCUCUAUCCUGGGACCUCACCACCUAGAUGAGUUUGUCCGGAUCUGGGCAGAGUAUGACAGAGCAGCGUGUGGCCGAAUCCAUUACACUGAGAUGUAUGAAAUGCUGACUCUUAUGUCACCACCGCUAGGCCUCGGCAAGAGAUGUCCUUCCAAAGUGGCCUAUAAGAGACUGGUGCUGAUGAACAUGCCCGUGGCCGAGGACAUGACGGUCCAUUUUACCUCUACCUUGAUGGCACUGAUACGCACAGCCUUGGACAUCAAAAUUGCCAAAGGUGGUGCAGAUUGGCAGCAGUUAGACUCCGAGCUUCAAAAGGAGAUCCUGACCAUUUGGCCUCACCUGUCCCAGAAGAUGCUUGACCUGUUGGUUCCCAUGCCAAAAACCUCUGACCUGACUGUUGGCAAGAUAUAUGCAGCCAUGAUGAUCAUGGACUACUACAAGCAGAGCAAAGCGAAGAAGCAGCGGCAGCAGCUGGAGGAGCAGAAAAAUGCCCCCAUGUUCCAGCGCAUGGAGCCGUCCUCCUUGCCGCAGGAAAUCAUCUCGAACGCGAAGGCUCUGCCUUACCUCCAGCAGGACACCAUCUCGGGCCUGAGCAGCCGGAGUGGGUUCCCCUCGCUCAGCCCGCUCUCGCCACAGGAGAUCUUCCAGCUGGCGUGCAUGGAUCCAUCCCACGGGCAGUUCCAGGAGCACCAAUCUCUGGAGCCAGAGGUUAGGGAGUUUCAAAGAGUGCAGCCCUCUAACCGUGUCAGCUACCUUCCCGUGGACACUCAGGACCAUGCUGUCUCUGGGAGGGCCUCUUCCAUGCCUCGUCUCACUGUGGAUCCCCAGGUGGGGACGGACACCAGCUCGAUGCGGCUGUCGUUUUCCACCAUCCGGGACAAGCGCACCAACAGCUCCUGGCUGGAUGAGUUCUCCAUGGAGCGCAGCAGCGACAACACCUACAAGUCCCGCCGGCGCAGCUACCACUCCUCGCUCCAGCUCUCUGCCCGGCGCCUCAACGCUGACUCGGGCCACCGGUCUGAAGGGCAUCGCUCGGGCGGCAGGGAGCGGGGCCGAUCCAAAGAGCGCAAGCACUUGCUGUCCCCCGACAUCUCCCGCUGCAAUUCGGAGGAGAGGAGUCCCCAGGCGCACGACGAGUCGCCGGAGCGGCGGCGCGAGUCCCGGUCACCCAGCGAGGGCAGGUCACAGACACCCAACAGGCAG